AUGGAUGAACUUCGACAAGCUCAAGUAGAAAAAGUUCAAAAGGCCCUAGUUAUGGGCGAGAUUGAAACUGGUAAGGGCUUGAAUCAAGAACUUGGUCUUGCUAGAGCUGCUAAUACUCAUUGGGGUUCACACUAUAAAUUGUUUAAGAACUUUAUUAGUAUGUUUGGUUCUAUUAAUGAUGUCCUUGAUACUAUUGUUGUUGAUUCUAAAUCUGUUGAAGAAAAAGCUAGGGCAACAGGAUAUCUCAGAACUUGUCAAAUGUUUGAGGUUGCUUUCAUAUUGCACUUAAUGACAUAUAUUUUAGCAAUCACAAAUGAGCUUAAUGAAUCCUUACAGAAUAAAGAACAAGAUAUUGCAAAUGUUGUUCUACUUGUUAAGGUGUUUGCAUUGCUCCUGUCAGUUGCCACUGCUACAGUUGAAAGAGCCUUUUCUACACUGAAGUUGAUCAAGAGUGAAUUGAGAAAUUGA